AACUAUACAAGAACUUGACCAGCAGUUACAACAAGAACAUACGACCGACGAAUGACUUGACGCUGCCAACUCACGUCGAGAUAGGAUUCACACUGGUAAAUAUCAAGGAAUUCGUAGAGAAAGACAAUAAACUGGCUAUCACUGGACUAUUUACGAUACAAUGGGGCGACUUCAACAUGAUGUGGAACCCAAGUCAUUAUGGAGGUAUUUCAACAUUUCUGAUUCCCCAGAACGACGUCUGGAAACCGGAACUGCUUCUGGGUAAUUCAUAUAACAACAUUCACCCUCUCGGAUUUGAGAGGUUGAAUAUUCGUGUAUUUGCGAACGGCACAAUGCACUGGUGGCCUGGUGACGUAUACGAGGUCACAUGUGCUGCAGACAUAACCUACUAUCCUUUUGACGAGCACACAUGCCAACUUAUCUUCAAUCCGUGGAUGUAUAUCCCCCACAAAGAAAUGACACUGCACAAAAUGACAGGCAAUCUCGGAUCGCCCAUCUUUUUCCCAAGUGGUCAAUGGGAGCUCAUGAAAACGAAUAUUUCAAUUGAAACAAUAAAAGAAUAUGAGCAAUUUACUGUGACGAUUACGUUUAGACGUCGCCCAGUGUUUAUUUUAGUGAACAUCUUUAUACCCGCCAGCGUGCUGGGGAUACUUACAACACUGGUGUUUCUACUUCCGGCAGAAUCAGGAGAGCGCGUCAGUUUCUCAAUUACAGUCCUGCUCGCUCUGACGGUCUUUCUCACAAUAGUGUCCGACAACUUGCCGAACACGACAGAACCCAGCAUUCCGCGCAUGUCUUACUUCUUGCUCGCGGAUCUACUUAUAAGUACAUUGGCAACAAUAUGUGCCAUGCUUGGUCUUCGACUCUACCACAAACCGGAAGACAGCAAGGUCCCCAUGUGGCUCCAGUAUUUAACUUGUGCGGUAUGUUGGUGUUGCAAAGUCUCUAGAAGUGAAAGUAACAACUCUAAUAUGGAAAAGUGUAUAUUUAACGAGGGCUACUCGAGGGAUGACCAUGGAAAUGACCAAUUAAAAAGCAACCUAACGAAAAAACAGAAUAGCAUUCAAGAGGAAAACGUUGAGAUACAACACUUGGAUCAUACCGGAAGUCGGAAGGACGUGUCACAUGAUGACGUCAGCAAAUCAGUGACGGUCACAUGGAAACAGAUUGCGUCUUUUUGUGAUGUGCUCCACUUUGUCUUUUUUGUGAUAUUAGUUGUAAGCAAAAACCUUAUCGCCCUCUUUACAUUCCGUGGAUACUAAAAAUCAACAUAUAUUUUCCAUUCGAAACUGUUCUAAGCAUUCAGAUAAUGAUAUUUGACACAAUAAAAGGUGAAGAUAUGGAAAGUGUUAAUGUGAUUUUGGUAAAGUCAAUGUUGGUAGAUAAAAUGAAUAAUAUUCGGUGAAAACUAAGAGGACACGUAUUUUCAGUGUUGUGGUUGACAAAUACAUUGGUAUACCAUCAUAUGCCACAUCGCCACUAUCAAAUCAAAUUAGAAUGGCAUUCAUGUAGCCAAUGAACGUCAUGUUUUUCAAGCGGAUUGUUAUCCACGAAUAUUUUAUAAUUAGGUCGCUAUGUUAAUUUGACCAAAUUAUGCGGCCAUGCUCUCGUAAAUGUAUGAAUUUAAAUAACAUGUAUGGUCU